GAUAGAUGCUCGUAACGACUUUAUCAUCGUCGAGUCUGGAAUUAUUUUAUAUAAACAAACAAUAAAAACGGAACGAAAUGUGAAUGUUAUUAUCUUUCUCCACAAAGAUCCAUCAUGAAUCGGAAUUAUGGAGGUCAAAUGUCUGAUGGCCUUGGAAAGGACGACGUGGUACAGGCAAUAGAAAUAUCCCAUUUGUUAUUUUCAUCAAGGAUACUGUCCUUCUACCAGAGCAGCAAAAUGUUAAUGUCAGGGGAUGUGGAUAUAACUCGGGAGCUUUUAUGGAAUAUGGAAUGGAACGUCCAGGAGAGUGCUUGGUCUUCACCUUGUGGGAAGGCAACGAUUUGCUUUGCAAAGAACAUGUCAGUUGUAGCCGAGAAACACCUCGACCACAUGGAAAAUGUGCAAGUGAAGACAUUCAAAUUAUUAAAUAAUUAUCAGGAUUCGUCAAAGUAGAUCCGGUGA